UUAAACUUCUUCCAAAGCCCUAACGCAAAACAUUUCAGUUAAGACGGUGAUUUGUGAUUUGUGAUUUGUGAUUGAAAGGUAACAAUGGAAGGAGGUGUAAGAGAAAGCACGGUGGUACCGGACUCGGUAAUGGAGUCGGUGAACCAAACCUUGGCCGGCGUAGUGGAAAUGGAGGCCCACUUGCUCCACUACUUGUCCCUCUCCGACCCAGAUGUCCUCUCCGAAAUGCCGCCUCUCCAGCGGGCUCAGGCUAUGCUCUUGCUCGCGAGAGCCACCUCAACGCUCUUCACAUUGAGGCUGAGGUGUACUGGAGUUCACCCAGAUGAGCAUCCAGUCAAAUCCGAGCUUGAAAGGUUAAGCUUGUAUCAGGACAAACUAGAAAAGUUCAUAGACUUGAGUAAAGCGCCGCUUCGACCUUCUGCUACAUUGAAUUAUCAGGCAGCAACACGUUUUAUUGAGCAUUCAUUACCUGACCUUACCCCAGGCCAGAAGCAGAGUUUGAGAAAUAUUAGUAGAGGAGAGGGGCCAAAGAUUAAGUAUCUAGAGAGUAGUGUCCAAAAGAAGAGGAAGUAUCAAUCAUCUGAAAAACAAUCUGUUCAAACUGCUACCAAGGAAUUUCUUGAAAAGGCAGCCCGUGAACUUCUUGGUGAUAAAGUUGGUUUUAAGGGGCCUCUACAGGCUGAGGCUUUAGAUGAAGAUGAUGUCCCUGCAACCUGAAUUUCAUGAUUUAUCCAGGAUUGCUUGGACCAGAUCACCCUUGUUUGUAAUUGUCUUCCUUAUUUCAAUUUAUAGUUGCGCGUUGUCUUCUUUACGAAGGAUGCACUAGCACUCUCCUAGAUCUUUCAUGGGAGAAGUUGGAGGGCUUCCAAGGCAUAGAGAAUCAGAGAUAUCCGGUCUCGUUCUUCAUCACCAUACCUAUAUUUGAAGCUCUUUUUUUUUUGUUUCCUUCCUAAUUUACCUAUAUUUGAACUUGUUUCCUCUACUGUGAUGAUUGAUGAAAAAUUAUUUGGGCCAUUGUGUUCUCCAGCGGUAUAUAUCCGGGUAGCUUUCUUUUCAUCAGCUCUGUACUAUCACCAUGUAUUUGUAAUCUUUGAUAAUAUAUAUUCUUGGUCAUGACAA